AUGGCUACUACCAACGCCACCAAGGACAACGUCGACGCCCAGCUCGCCUCCAUCGACGGCGACCUCCAGCGCCUUCACGGCAACUACCGCUCGUCGUGGACGCGCACCCUCGGCCACAUGGGCGCGGUUCACGUCGCCCAGCAGCGCCAGGAGCAGGACUUUGGCGCCAUGGCCCUCCUCGAGACCCACUCGGCGUGGCAUGCCCGCUCGAUGCGCGACAGCCAGGAGGCGCACCACGCCACCGUCAAGCUCUUUGUCGACGCCGUUGACCUCGCCAACGGCGCGGGCGGCGGCGGCGCGUCAGUCAACCUUCCCGAUGUCCAGGUCGACGAGGUCAUUGACGACCCUGCUCCCGCCCCCGGCGCGGCUCCCGCCCUCACCCUCACCGAAGCCCCGGUCGCCGCCGCCGUCGGUGAGGUCGUCGCCCUCGCGCCCGUCAUCCACGACACCGACGCCUCGGUCUCCUCUGUCACCGGCCACGUCGACGACACCACUCGCGCCGAGCUGAUCCGCAGCCUCAAGACCCCUCUCAACUUCCGCUGGCCGACCAUUACCAUUGAGGGCGGUGCGGUCGAGCACAACACAAAGGGCGACAAGGACAACCACGAUGUCGACGACGACGACCUCGACCGCGCGAGCACCGUCGCUCAGGCCCCUCAACCCCGCGGCAAGACCUCCAUUGCCGUCCAGAAGCUUGCCGAGAUCACCCCCGUCAUCAACAUGACCACCUCGAACGUCUGCUGGGCGUACAGCAACGGCCGCUGCAACGACAUUGUUUGCCCCCGCGGCCUCUACCACGCCUGCAUCACGUGCUACAAGCGCAAGAAGGCGUACAACCACCCCUGGUGCAUGGGUGCCGGUCAGCACUGA